CAUUGCAUCAUGCAAAAUUUGUGUUGAAAAUUCGCUCUGAAAAUUUUCUGAUUUUUCGUGAAAUAACUUGAAGAUAUUUGAUGGAAGUAGUUUGAAAAGUUCAAAGAUUACCUAACAAAAGCCUUCAAAAUGUUACAAGUGCUCCGAAGUUGCCCGCUGUCACGAAUUUCACUCGCGCUCAAACCAACUUCAUCGCCGGCAUUUCGUUCCUCCCCUGGGCUACUGGUGCGACAAUGCUCCACAAAAUCAUCACAACCAGCUGCGCCAGAAAAGGUUUCGCAAAAUGAACCACCGUCGCACAUUGAAGAUUCCACCAAGUGGUACACCCUGUACCACUUCCGGGGAAUCAUGCUGACGGCGGCCUUCAAACGGUUGAAGCUGUAUCCGGCGGGUCUCACGGCGGUAACGGUUCCCACCUGUUUGGCGCUGGCAUACGCGGACAUUUGCUCCGUUACGACGGCGCAAGUUUUCGGAUCUGUUGGCUUCACAACCACCCUGACCCUGCUGGCGUUCAGCUAUUUCACGAACAAUCUGGUCGGAUACGUGUACACCGACGAUGAGGGCAAGCAGGUGAAAAUAUCGUACGUGGAUCCCGGCGGAAAGCGGCAGAAUCGAAUCUAUCCGGUGGACAACAUCGUGCCCCGGUCGGAGCUGCAGCGGACACUGCUGAAGUUUUACUUUCCCAUCAAGAAUCACGAUGAUGGCGAGGUGUACCGGAUUGUGCACCGGUAUGGGGAGGUUUACGAUGAGAAAACUUUUACGAAGGUGUUUGGUAGGGAGUAAUGUGGGUUUGUUGUGUAAUAAACUUAUUU